GUUCGCUCUAGGAGUAAUCAGUUUCGGACUCGUAGUGGAACCAAGCGCUUGGGUCCCCGAUGCUGCACAAAUCACGGCGACCCCCGGUGGAGAUGAAGGCGGACUCCGAUUGGCUCUGAUUUUUAAAAGCCCUUUUCAUUCAGGAGGUUGCCCAUUAUCAACAUGGCUGAGCCGUCGGCCCCAGUACCCURUGCAAAAAUGGCGUCACUUAGCCGGGUUCGAGCUCUGACGAUGAUUUUCUUAACUGUCAGCGGUUGUUUGGUCACCUCGACAAGUGGCAAGGAAGGKGGGGUAGAGUCGGACACGGUUAUCAUCGGGCUCCGGUUGGAGGACACGGACGACAUUUCCUUUAUGGAUAGGGGCUACCUACGGGUGAGUGAACGGUCUCGUGUCAAAUUGAGGGUAUACGGGCAGAACAUAAACAACGAGACCUGGUCCAAAAUUUCAUUUACGGAACACGAGCAGAUCCGACCAGUCGGGGACAUCGACAGCUUGUCGGGGGACAACGGGAGCAAAGAGGAUACGUCCGCGCAUCCCUGCGGUAUCAGGACCUCGGAUAUAAUCAUCUUGCCCAACAUCAUUCUAAGUCGCAGAACGUCGGGAGUAGUUGAAAUCGAGGUCAAACCCCUUCGAAAAACCGAGAGGAGUAAAUCGUAUUACCUGUGCAUCGCCACCUCGACACCUGCCCACKACGCCGCCGGCCUGCACGACCCGUGGACCGAAAACACCUGGAUUUACCACGACGGAGAUGACACUAAAGUGAUAGUUGUGGAYGAGAAGAGGUUUCUGCUCCCCUUCUGGCUUCAAGUCAUCUURAUUUCCAUGCUGCUGUGUCUGUCAGGCAUGUUCAGRGGGUUGAACUUGGGACUGAUGGCUCUGGACCCAAUGGAGCUCCAAAUAGUCCAGAAUUGUGGCACAGAGAUGGAGAAGAAUUAUGCCAAAAAGAUAGAGCCAGUUAGGAGCCAAGGGAAUUACCUGCUUUGCUCACUUCUCCUAGGCAACGUGCUCGUGAAUACAACUCUAACUAUKUUAUUUGAUGAUAUUGCAGGUUCUGGGCUGAUAGCUGUGGUGAUGUCAACUAUUGGAAUUGUCAUCUUUGGAGAGAUUGUCCCUCAAGCCAUAUGCUCAAGACAUGGCCUUGCSGUUGGAGCCAACACCAUUUUCCUCACCAAGUUUUUCAUGCUGCUCACCUUCCCCGCGUCAUACCCAGUGAGCAAACUUCUAGAUUACCUUUUGGGCCAAGAGAUAGGCACUGUGUACAACCGCGAGAAGCUURUGGAGAUGCUCCGAGUCACGGAUCCGUACAAUGAUCUGGUCAAAGAGGAGUUGAACAUCAUUCAGGGCGCCUUGGAACUACGGACUAAGACGGUGGAGGACGUGAUGACCCCGCUAAGAGAUUGUUUUAUGAUUCCAGGUGAUGCUAUCCUCGACUUCAACACCAUGUCUGAAAURAUGGAGAGCGGCUACACGCGCAUCCCCGUGUUCGAGGGCGAGAGGUCCAACAUUGUGGAUCUAUUGUUCGUGAAGGACCUGGCGUUUGUCGACCCAGACGAUUCUACGCCGCUGAAAACCAUCACUAAGUUUUACAGCCAUCAGCUGCAUUUUGUGUUCAAUGACACCAGGCUGGAUGCCAUGCUGGAGGAGUUCAAGAAAGGUAAAUCCCACCUGGCCAUAGUUCAGAGGGUGAACAACGAGGGUGAGGGGGACCCCUUCUACGAGGUCCUGGGCAUCGUCACCCUGGAGGACAUCAUCGAGGAAAUCAUCAAGUCAGAGAUCCUGGACGAGACAGACUUGUACACUGACAACAAAACGAAGAAGAAAAUCACCCACCGUGAGCGGAAGCAGGAUUUCUCAGCCUUCAAGCCCAACGACAGUGAAAUGAAGGUUAAAAUAUCACCUCAGCUUCUGCUGGCAACCCUGCGUUACCUAGCAACAGGCAAGUCAGUAAUGGGCCACGCUAUCGGGCCAGGUAGAAAUGGCCACACUAUCGGGCCAGGUCCGAGAAAUGGCCACACUAUCGGCCAGGUCAGUAAUGGGCCACACUAUCGGGCCAGGUCAGUAAUGGGCCCACGCUAUCGGGCCAGGUCAGUAAUGGGCCACACUAUCGGCCAGCGAGGCGGGAGCUCCAGGGAUGGGUUACCCCCUUCUCCCCCGUCCCCCCAGGGGGUUUCACCGCCCAAUGCGGGGGGGGGGAGCGGGGGGGCGGGGGCGGGGGGGGGGGGGGGGGCCACACUAUCGGCCCAGGGGAAGGUGGAGGUGGAGGCAGGGAAGGAAGGGAUGAAGUUUGAAGCAGGAGCGUUCUCCUCCUAUGGGAUGAUGGCUCUCAKCACCUCUCCAGUCCCUCUCUCCCUGUCUCGUACCUUCGUUGUCAGUAGGGCUGAGUCCCUAGCAGGAUCUCCAGGUAUGGUAGUCCUUUCUUUCCUGUCUGCAUGUCUGUCUGUCAACCUGUCUGUCUGUCCGUCCAUCCCCCCUAUCCCUCUAUCUCUCCAUCUCGUGACCCGUCAGCAGUACCAGAACGCCCUGAUGGCGUCGCGCAUGGAUAAGACGCCCCAGUCGAUGGACAGUGAGUUCACCAAGAUCGAAUUGACUCUGACCACUGAGCUCCACGAUGGUGGAGGGGGAGGCGUGCUGGAGACGCCAGCUAUGGCCCACCACGAGACAGCCGGCCUGCUCAACCUCAAUACACAGCCCCAGAAAUGUCUGGCCCACAGGGUCAACCACACUGCACACAAUGAGGGACCCAUCUAGCCCACACUGGGGUGGUGGGGACAGAGGGUGAGAGGAGUGAGGAGGGAUGGUGUUAGUACCCUCUGGGCCAGGGCCUGGGCCUAAUCCUCCAACAUCCAAGGACCUCUAACCCCUACCCACCACCCCCUUAUGGAUGGAAGACCCUGGAGGAAUUGAGGGGAAGGACCUCUAACCCCUACCCACCACCCCCUUAUGGAUGGAAGACCCUGGAGGAAUUGAGGGGAAGGGGCUACGGAGAUGUGUAUACUGAGCCCCA